UUUCUGGAUAACUUGUGCAGCUUGGAUUGUGAGAAAGGGAGGAACGCCAUUGAAGAGGCUGCAUUCCGAAUGGCUAAUGUUACCUCUUCUUAUAUACAGGGUACAACUUUUACCAGGCGGUAUUACUGCUUGAAAGAAUUUAAAGGAUUGAGGUUCUCAUCUCAACCCGCUGUUUGCUGGAAAGCUUCGAACUACACACCAACCACCAUCAGGAGUGGUCCUGUUUCUGCCUUGUUUGGAGACAACCGUGUCAAGAAUAGGAAAGAUGGCAUUCCAUCUUAUUCUAAGCAUGCAAUAAAUGACCAGGAUAUUGUGUCAACAAAAGAAGUAGCAAGUAAUGGUACUGCUAUAACUGAUGGGUUUUUUGACCACCAAGUUGAACAAGAUUUAGACUGUCCCACUAAAGGAUUUUCUUCGGUCUCAGAAGCUAUUGAGGAUAUCCGUCAAGGCAAGCUUGUAAUUGUGGUUGAUGAUGAAGAUAGAGAAAAUGAGGGAGAUCUUAUAAUGGCAGCUUCUAAGGCUACACCAGAAGCUAUGGCUUUUAUUGUAAGGCAUGGGACUGGAAUUGUGUGUGUCGGCAUGAAAGGAGAAGACCUCGAGAGGCUACAACUUCCACAAAUGGUCAUUAACAGAGAUAAUGAGGAGAAACUUCGGACAGCAUUCACUGUUUCGGUGGAUGCCAAAGAGGGCACAACCACUGGUGUUUCUGCCAAAGAUAGAGCAACAACCAUUUUGGCUCUUGCAUCUCCUCACUCCAAGUCUGAAGACUUUAACCGUCCUGGCCAUAUUUUUCCGUUGAAGUAUAGGGAGGGUGGUGUGCUUAAAAGAGCUGGCCACACAGAAGCCUCUGUUGAUCUUGCUAUACUGGCUGGAUUAUCACCAGCUGCUGUUUUGUGUGAAAUUGUUGAUGAUGAUGGUUCCAUGGCACGCUUGCCAAAGCUUAGAGAAUUUGCUGAAAGAGAAAGUAUGAAAAUCAUCUCAAUUGCGGACUUGAUUAGGUAUAGGAGGAAGAGAGAUAAGCUGGUUGAGCGUGCUUCUGUUGCACGCUUACCUUUAUCAUGGGGUACAUUCCAGGCCUAUUGUUAUAGGUCUUUGGUGGAUGGGAUAGAGCAUAUUGCCAUGGUCAAAGGUGAUAUUGGUGAUGGACAUGGCAUACUGGUGAGAGUGCAUUCUGAAUGCCUCACUGGCGACAUAUUUGGUUCGGCCAGAUGUGAUUGUGGUUCCCAGUUGGAAAUGGCCAUGAAGCACAUUGAAAGAGCUGGCAGGGGUGUAUUGGUUUACCUCCGUGGCCAUGAGGGAAGGGGCAUUGGCUUAGGUCAUAAGCUUCGUGCUUAUAACUUGCAGGACAACGGGCGUGAUACUGUGGAAGCCAAUGAGGAAUUAGGUUUGCCUGUUGAUUCAAGGGAAUAUGGCAUCGGUGCACAGAUAUUGCAGGAUCUCGGUGUCCGCACAAUGAGGUUGAUGACCAAUAACCCUGCUAAGUACAGCGGCUUGAAAGGCUAUGGGUUGAGCAUCGUCGAGAAGGUUACCCUGCCAACCCUUAUUACAAAUGAGAACAAAAGGUACUUGGAGACUAAGCGGCUAAAGAUGGGGCAUGUCUAUGGAUCUGAAUUCAAUGGAAAGUUGCGUGAGUUGAUCAAAGAUGUGGAUGAAGCGAGCACUCAGCAGCAUUCCUCAUGAUGCCAAUAGGUGGAAGCAAUUUGUAAUGAGUUAUUUACCAUUGCACUUUUAUAAUCUUGAAAUUCUGUGUGGUAUUUGGACUGAAAUGCCGUCCUGGAAUGGUUUUUUAAUCAACUCAAAUGGGAUCUAGAAAAUCCUGUGUAUGCCGAUUUAGGGGCUGUAUCAUAACCAAUUCAAGUAAGAUUUAAAUUAAAUCUUUUCAGAUAGUAAA